UCCAGCCCCUGCGCAAUCGAUAAGGAAACCCGGAGGUGGCUUCUGCUUUCUUUUUCACAGGCGGCCGGGAAGAUGGCGGACAUUCAGACUGAGCGAGCCUACCAAAAGCAGCCGACCAUCUUUCAAAACAAGAAGAGAGUCUUGUUGGGAGAAACUGGCAAGGAGAAGCUCCCUCGGUACUACAAGAACAUCGGUCUGGGUUUCAAGACUCCCAAAGAGGCCAUUGAGGGCACCUACAUUGACAAGAAAUGCCCCUUCACUGGUAACGUCUCCAUCAGAGGGCGGAUCUUGUCUGGCGUGGUAACCAAGAUGAAGAUGCAGAGGACCAUUGUCAUCCGCCGAGACUAUCUCCAUUACAUCCGCAAGUACAAUCGCUUUGAGAAGCGCCACAAGAACAUGUCUGUGCACCUGUCCCCCUGCUUCAGGGAUGUUCAGAUCGGCGAUAUUGUCACAGUAGGCGAAUGUCGGCCCCUGAGCAAGACGGUGCGCUUCAACGUUCUCAAAGUCACCAAAGCUGCUGGCACCAAGAAGCAGUUCCAGAAGUUCUGAGACUGGAUAUGUGCCCACGCCCCAAAAUGAAAUAAAGUUAUUUUCUCAUUC